ACGGGUAGCUGCUGUAGAGCUAGCAGUAGUGUGUGCGGCAGUAACGUGGAGCAUGCUGGAUGUAGCUGUUUGAUUGGAGUCGCUGGUGGUGAUCGCGCAGCCGACAGGGGGAGGAGGGGAGAUUCUGGACUGGAGUGGGGGUGUUUUUUUCUCUCUCCGUGCGUGUGUGUGAUUCUCCAGCGGCCAUGUUAACCAAGAAACCCUGCGCUGCUGUCUACCCGACUGGUAAAGGGGGUGAGCUUUGCACCGGGGCUCUCCGGUCUGGAGCAGGAAGCGAGCCGCCAUCGCCUGUCACACUGCCGCCUCUCAGGAACGGAAACUCACUCACGCUUGGUGGCAAUAAGAACACCAUGAACGACCAUCUGCACGUCGGGAACCACCAGCAGAUCCACGUUCAGCAGCUGUUUGAGGAAAACAGCAAUAAGCGGACAGUGCUGACGACACAGCCAAAUGGGUUGUCGCCAGUAAGCAGAACAGGCUUGCCCUUGCCAGAGCAUCAACAAGAAAGCUCCCCGGGUCGAGAUGGAAGUUCCAUCUCCAACAAAUCAACCGACAGCAAGCCCAAGCUAGUCCCUCUGACUCCCGAGCAGGCCAUGAAGCAGUAUGUGUCCAAACUGACAGCAUUUGAGCACCAAGAGAUCUACAGCUACUCUGAAAUCUACUUCGUGGGACCAAAUGCGAAGAAACGGCAAGGUGUGGUCGGGGGCUCCAACAACGCAGGUUACGAUGACGAUCAGGGCUCAUAUAUCCAUGUACCUCAUGACCACAUAGCCUACAGGUACGAAGUCCUAAAGGUCAUUGGCAAGGGCAGUUUCGGACAAGUAGUAAAGGCCUACGACCACAAAGCCCACCAGCACGUGGCCUUGAAAAUGGUACGCAAUGAGAAGCGCUUUCACCGCCAAGCAGCUGAGGAGAUUCGGAUCUUAGAGCACUUGCGGAAGCAGGACAAAGACUCUACAAUGAAUGUCAUCCACAUGCUGGAGCACUUCACAUUCCGCAACCACAUCUGCAUGACAUUCGAGCUACUUAGCAUGAACCUUUACGAGCUCAUAAAGAAAAACAAGUUUCAGGGCUUCAGUUUGCCAUUGGUGCGCAAGUUCGCGCACUCCAUUCUGCAGUGCCUGGACUCUCUGCACAAAAACAGGAUCAUUCAUUGCGACCUCAAACCCGAGAACAUCCUACUGAAGCAGCAGGGGCGCAGCGGAAUAAAAGUCAUCGACUUCGGCUCCAGCUGCUUUGAACACCAGCGGGUCUACACUUACAUCCAGUCGCGCUUCUACAGGGCACCAGAGGUCAUUCUGGGCUCUCGCUAUGGAAUGCCAAUUGACAUGUGGAGCUUGGGUUGUAUCUUGGCGGAAUUACUAACAGGGUACCCUCUUUUGCCCGGGGAAGAUGAAGGAGACCAACUAGCAUGUGUCAUAGAACUACUGGGAAUGCCCUCUCAGAAGCUGUUGGAUUCAUCUAAGAGAGCCAAAAAUUUUAUCAGCUCAAAAGGUUACCCACGUUACUGCACAGUCACCACCUUGCCAGAUGGAACGGUGGCACUCAAUGGUGGACGGUCACGCAGGGGCAAGCUUCGGGGUCCGCCGGGAAGCAAGGACUGGGUAACGGCACUGAAAGGCUGUGACGAUCUGCUCUUUCUGGACUUCCUCAAGCAGUGCCUGGAGUGGGACCCGGCCUUGCGUAUGACCCCUAGUCAGGCUCUUCGCCACCCGUGGCUAAGAAGGCGCUUGCCAAAACCUCCCACUGGAGACAAAACGACCGUAAAGCGAAUCACUGAGGGCACAGGUGCUAUAACCUCUAUCUCCAAAUUACCUCCCACAUCAAGCUCAGCCUCAAAACUAAGGACUAACCUGGCACAGUUGACUGAUGCCAAUGGGAAUAUACAGCAAAGGACAGUGUUGCCAAAACUAGUCAGUUAAAUUCUAAUCCUUUCUUCGGACCUCUUUUUUUCUUCAAAUGGUGAUAUUUAAGAUUGUGGAGAGGCGAGAAUCCACAAGUGAGAUGUUUUAGAAAUCUAGUUUUGAAUGCCGUUCACCUAUUUAAAGCUGUGUAGCACCUUUUUGUUGGAAACACUUUUUAAAGAAAUACUAAAUUAGCCAAGAAAGAGGGAACAGUACUUUUAAGUUUUUAUCUCAGGACUGUGUGGGAUGCUGCAGCCAGCGUUCAAGCAAUCUGGCCUAGUACUAAUGAGAUCCUCAUUUAUUUUAACGCACAUUUAGUAGUGAGGGAAUAAACCAGCUUGCAACAUUCAA